AUGGAUCUGGGGAGUCUAUCCGAACUCCAAACGGAGGGGGUCAAUCCCCGCACCGUGCAUAUUGAUCGCAUGUCAACACUGGAGAUGUGCACAGUGAUCAAUGCAGACGAUCAGAAGGUGCCCGAGACGGUUGUGCCGUGCUUGCCUGUGAUUGCAGGCGCCAUUGACGCUUUGACCCCCCGCGUUCGACAAGGCGGCCGGGUGAUUUAUGUUGGAGCUGGCACAAGUGGCAGGCUUGGAAUCUUGGAUGCAUCGGAGAUCCCUCCGACCUUUGCCGCCCCUCAUGGUCAGUUUGUUGGUUUGAUUGCUGGUGGUGAUGCGGCAAUCAGAUCCGCCCAGGAAGGUGCCGAAGAUAAUGAGAAGGCUGGCGAGGAAGAGAUGAAGGCUCUGAAUCUCAACCCGGAGCUUGACAGUCUCAUUGGAAUUGCCAGUUCUGGGCGUACACCGUAUGUGCUGGGUUGCCUCGCAUAUGCCAAAAGUAUCGGCUGCGUGACCAUUGCUGUGGUCUGUACAGUUCCGUCAGCAAUUGGCCUCUCAGGAAAUGUAGAUUACCUCAUUUCACCAGUGUCUGGGCCCGAAGUGGUCACUGGUAGCACGCGGCUUAAGGCCGGUACUGUGACGAAGUUGGUUCUGAAUAUGCUCAGUACUGGAACCAUGAUUCGCACCGGAAAGACCUACGGAAACAUGAUGGUGGAUGUCGUGGCCUCAAAUUUGAAACUCGAGCAACGAUGCCGCAACAUUCUGCGGAGGUUGAGUGCCAAGUGCAAUGUCUCGUCCGACGAGGAGUUGGACGCCCUACUUGCCAAGUGCAACCGCAGUGUCAAGCUGGCUAUCCUGGUUGCAGAGAGCGGAGAGUCUGUUGAGACAUGCAAGGGAUACUCUGAGGCUGCUGGCGGCGUAUUGGCCAAGGCACUGGCUGCCAUCCCUAAGAUCGGCGAACAGAAGCCAGCAAGUAUUAACCCGAACCGAAAGUUUGUCUUAUGCAUUGACGGCGGCGGCACAAAAUGUGCUGCCGUUGUGGCCGAGGGGGCCAACGUUGUAGGCCAGAGCUCUGCCGGCCCGUGUAAUCUCACCGAUAGCAUCGGAAACAUAGACAGUGUUAUUGCCACGUUACUCGAAGCAACAAAGUCUGCUUUGAAAGACCAAUUGCCAAGUGGCAUGGAACAAACAGAGUCAUCAUGGAAAGAAUAUCUUCAAACAUGCUUCAGCUCUGUCUGGAUUGGACUAGCUGGCCUAGACCGAGCCGGCCUGGAGGGACUACUGGCACCCAAGCUGCGUCAAGCCUUCGGGAUUACCGAUGAAAAGAAUUUCCGAUUGACAAACGACGUGGACCAGUUGACUGCGGCUGUUCCAUUGACUCAAGGCACACCCUCCGUCCUGGUGCUGAUUGCAGGGACAGGGAGUGUCGCCAUGAGGUACGAAUGGUCGAAGGAUCAGGAAAGAUACACCCGUUCUGCCCGUUCUGGAGGUUGGGGUCACAUGCUCGGCGAUGAGGGCGGUGGCUAUUCCAUUGGCAUGCAAGCCAUCCAACACACAAUGGCAGUAUUCGAGGACAUCACAUUGGGCCUUGACACUACCGGCGGCGAUGAGCUUGCUAAGGCAGUGGCCGAAAAAUUGGGAUGUCAAGUCUCCGAGAGUGCUAGCCUUUUGAAUAACGUCCUUGCUCAGACCCAAGGUGUGAAGGCACGCAUUGCUAGUAUUGCGCAGGUCGUUCUUGAAUUGAUGGACAAGAGUGAGACUGCAGCAGCUAUCGUGAACGCCCAGGUCGAGAAGCUGGUUGGCGCUACUCUCGCACGUUUGGUGAAGCCUCAAUCCACCGGAUACCAGCCAUCAGAAGGUACCGUGUUGGUGUUGGCGGGAGGACUGAUGAAGAGUGAGCAAUACAGGACUGUCCUGGACCAACACCUGAAUUUGCACAAGUUGUCUUUCCAAGGGACGGUGGUGGUUGAAGAUGCAGCCUAUGUGGGUGCCCAAUACCUGACUCGUUAA